UCUGCUUUGCUCUAUGUACAAAAAUACCGGGCUGGAUUUUUCAUCAACCCCAUCAUUCAAAGGAGCUGCCAUUGAACAUGAAGGAAGUAAGCCAGCUGAGGAGGGGUCAUUGAAACAGCUUCUCGAGAUGUUUCCAUCUUGUUCUUGGGAGCCCCAAAACAUGACUGCAGGCUGUGUUCCAUUUGAAAGCUAUUUCUCCUUCUCAGGAGUCACAGAUCUAGAAUCUCCCAAAUUACCAACUGAGAAGCCACAGGGAGAUGCCACAUAUUUAGGAGAGACCUUGCAAGGAGCGCCAUCUGGAGUUGAUGCACUGAACAUGUUUACCCACCCCAGAGUCAUUCAGAAACUCCAGAUGAGGAGCAUACCCAGGAAGAUGCGUCGUACCCCAAAGAAUACGCUGGUCUUGGAAGUGGAAGGCACACUGGCAUUGUCCUCCUUGACAGUUGUCUCGGAUAAUGCUUCAACAUUCAUCACACCCUUCCAGGAUAGGUACUAUCAGGUUUCGAUAAAGCUGAGACCAUACCUCCCUGAAUUUCUAGAAGCCCUGGCCAAAAUCUACGAGAUCUUUGCGUUCACCACUGCCAAGCGAGAUUAUGCUGAUAAAAUUUUGAAGGUCCUUGGACCACGAAGAAAGCUGAUCAGGCACCAGCUGUAUCAAGAGGACUGCCUCUGUAGUCAUGGUUCCUAUGUAAAGGACUUGUCAAUAUUGGAAAGAGAUCUGGAUAGGACUGUGGCAGUUGCAACUUACCUGCAAGCAUUCCCCUACCAGAUGUCCAAUGUGGUAGUGAUCCCUAAAUGGGAAGGCGAUUCCCAAGACAAAGAAUUGCUUCACCUUAUUCCAGCGCUCCAAACUAUUAGCCAGGCAGUUGACAUUCGCACUGAAAUAGAGAGAAAACAUCGCGGCCGGGGGAAGGUUGAGAUAUAAUGCCUGCUUCCAUUAUGAGUAACUUCUUCAAAUUUUAUUUGAAACCCCCAAAGAUCUUAAAGCACAAUCUAGCUUGGAUAUCUUUGGCCAGCUAUCCUGGGAUAUCUGUUUCAGUUCUGUUGCCUUGAAAAGGAUAGAAAUCCAGGGGUGAUAAGGAAUUGAAUCUCUUGAUGCAUUUGUUACCAUUUCAAGGAAACAAGGGAUGCUCAAAAAUGCUCUUUCUUUUGGUAUCUAAGUGGGGAGAGAAACCAGUAUUGUUCCAUCCACUGUGUUUGCAUGCAUCUUUCUUCUCUUGGCCAUAUAUGUUGAGGUGUGCUUGGAAGGAGUAUUUUCCAAGUUCCUAGAUUUAUUCCUUAGCUUCUGCAAAUGCCCAAAGCACGCAUAAAUAUAUGGUUCCUGACUCAUCAGAAGGCUACCAUAUAGCAUUAAUGCCAUUUUUAAGAAGCUUUCCAGAAGAGGCUCUGUGUACAAAAAUGUUUCCUGUGUGUUUUAUUUCUGGUGUUCUCUUUCAGGUGUAAGUGCAAUUUCAUA